CCCAAGCAAAAUAAAGUGGCGCCAAAAAGAAAAAUUUGUGGACAGCUAAUGCAGCAUUUAGCGAGGGGCAUCCCCAAGGAAAUAAUAGUGCUGAUUUUAGCGAGGGGUAGCCCCUCGAAAAAAAGACAGUAUUGUCUUAUCAACUGUGCUAGCAGUCUGCGCGUGCAGUCCCCAUAUUUCAAGGUUACAAUUUGCGAGGGGUCCCCACACGCCCCAUUGGACCGUUUCAUUACCGAGGGGCAGCCCCCCGCUGAUAUCUGAAUUAGAUCCGUUGCGCAUUGGACCGUUUAGUUAACAUUAUUAUUUAUCUUUCUUCUUCCUUUUAACAACAAAAUUUCAUUCCUCAACUUCUCAAUCUCAUCCCUCUCAAUUUCUCUCAAAACUUCAUUCCUCUCAACUUCUCAACAACACUUAAGAAGACACAAUCUUGGAAUAAAGCUCUGAUAUUUUGAAGGAAAUUUUCAAAGUCUACACCAAAGUUGUCUUCAAAUAAGGAGCAUUGUGUUUGGGAUGUUAGAGAUGAGGCCGCGAUUAAAGAAAACUUUCACACAAAAUGUGCUGCUCGAUUUUCUGAUACCAUGAGGAAUGUUAGACUUAAAUGGGAAGCAAAAGGGACGCGUCCACGUUGGAUAGGAGAAGAUAUAUUCCCACAGCUUAUUGAUCAUUGGAAUUCUGAUAAGUUUAAGGAAAUAUCUGAGCAGGCAAAGAAAAAUAGAGCAUCUGAAGUUGGUGGCUGCAACUACGCAGCGGGAAGUAUUAGUGUGGCUGAAGUUGCGCGAAGGAUGCGUGAAGAAUUAGGCAGAACUCCACUUCUUAGUGAGCUCCACAUGGAGACUCAUCUCAAGAGAAAUGGAGAGUUUAUUGACGAGCGCGCAAAAAUCACUCAAGAGAAUUUUGAUAAAGAACUUGCCAUAAAGUUGUCAGAGCAUCCUGAAAUACCCGAACCACCACCGGGGUAUCCUGUUGACCCCAGUAUUGGUUUUCAGACUUGGUAUAAGGUUUCAGGUGGAAAGAAGAAAAAUGGGAGAGUGUAUUGUACUUGAGGGUAUUCCAAAAAUAUCAAGCGGCGUAGUAGAGAUUUCAAAACGAGAUAUACUGAUGGAGAAGGAUCAUCCACUCCACCUAUAUUAACCUCCGAAAUGCUUGAAACUGUGAGAAACUUGGCAAAUACUGAGGCAGCACAACAAGUAGCAGCAAGAAAUUUGGAAAUUGAAGAGAUGAAGAGAAAACAAUUAGAGAUGCAGGAGGAAAUGCAAAGAAGAGAAAGAGAAUUACGGGAAGAAAUGAGGAGAGAAUUUCAGGAAGAAAUGAGGAGGCAGGCACAGGAAUAUCAAGAAGCAAUGCGAAUUGCAAAUGAGCGGUCACAAAGGUUUGAUCAAUUUUUUGCUUCACAAAAUAUGAGUUGUGGUGGAUUUGGAGGAAUUAGUGGACAUGGAGGAGCUGAUGAAGAAGAGGAGGAACAAGAUGGGGGAAUAAUUAAAUUUACAUA